AUGACCAACAUCAAACUUCCCUCUACGUUGCGAGAGAUUCUACUCAAGGCAUUCUCUUGUUGUGAGCGCUUAAGUUCAAUUGAUUUGCCUCUCGGUCUUACAGUUAUUGGAAUGAACGCUUUUGAAAACACAAGCCUUCGCCGUCUACAAUGUCCUGCUACAGUGGAGAUCAUUGGACGUGCAGCGUUCACACUCUGUAAUCAUUUGAAAUCCAUAAUUUUACCUCCAAGGCUGGAGGUGAUCGAGUCUGAAGUUUUCGAUGGCUGCGACAAUUUGGAAGAGAUUGAGAUGCCAAGAACAGUGAGGACAAUUGGGAACGAUGCUUUCGCGUUCUGUUCAGCGUUGAAGAAACUAGAUUUAUCACACUGCACUCAAUGUUUGACAUUUGGAGAUGGUGCCUUUUUCUCUUGUUCAGGGUUGUCAUGGAUAAUCCUUCCGCCCAAUCUUGAAGGAUUGAUUCAACGAAGAACAUUCGAAGACUGCUCUGCAUUGACGCAUAUCCGCGUGUCACCGAAUGUCACUUCCAUUGGAGUCAGUGAAAGGUGCACUUCCUUGCUGUCACUGGAACUUCCAGAGGGAUUAGAAACAAUCAAACUGUUUCCCUUUGAUGAGCAAUUCGAAGCCUGGGAAGAUGUCCGCGAUUGGUCAUCCUUGGUGAAUCUAUAUCUGCCUCCAUCGCAGAACGUGUCCGAAAGACUUUUGAAUGAACCCAUUCCGGGAGACUUGCAGCUUGCGAAAGUUGCACAAAACUGGGGAGAUCUUGUGGGAAUCCUGCAGCACCGAUUCGAUAGGCUUCCUCUUCACAGAGUCUGCUACUUCCACAGCUACCAUCAUGUAGAAGACACAAUUAAAAGAAUCAAUGACAUUCUGCGUGACAAUCCCGGCGCUAUGGUCCAAACGGAGAUGCUCUCGUUGUUGGAGCUGAAGCUAUGGAAAAUGAAAUUGGAUGAGAAUCCAAUGGAAGAGAAAUUUGAUAAGGCGCAGCAAGAAGAUUCUCGCCAGAGCUGUCGAGUUGGUUGUGGCAUUUCUAUUGUCGUUGAGCAUGUGGUACUAUUUCUCGGCAAGCCAGCGUCGUCGUCCUACUCCUCUAACGAGGAGGACGAGCCGGCUUAUCGUUAA